UUUUUUUGACCCAGAUCAAGUAUGUUUUUUGUGUUUUUCGAGGCCCUGAAUUCAAAUCCAGAGUACGUUUGUUUCGUACACCUUUUGAACUUUAGGUAAGUUGCAAAAACCACUGAAAAUGCGUGAAAAUUGGGGAAAAUCGCAGUUGUCGAUAUGAGAAAUUUUUUUUUUCAGUUCAAUCGCAUGCAGGGUUUUCGAUGUAUCUUAACUCACUGAAUUCGAAUUCGGAGUCGAAUUAUCUUGAUCGUGUAUACGAGAGUGAGACGCAGUAGCGGGACAGAGAUGUCAUGAGAAUAAAAGAACUUCAUUGAUCUUGCAUCAUUCUUUUUUAGUAACACACUCUUUUUCUUCAAAUUACUUAUGCAACAGAUUUUUCUAUUUUCUUCUAUUUUUUUUCAUUUCAUAUCUGUUUUGCUCCAUCAAUUCACCGGUGUAAGAUUUAUGAAGUUCUUUUCUCGCCUCAGUUGUAUCGUUAUUGCGCCUCACUUUCGUAUAUACAUGACCAGGAUUAGCUGAACUACUCGGAUCAUAUGCGUCACCAUCAAUAGAAAACCACUAGCGGCGAUUCUAGAUUUUAUCAAUUGUUGUAAUCUUAAAAUAGUUAUCGCGCAUCGAGGGAUGUCAUCGUCGAGCUAGUUAUCGUAUUGAGUAUCGCAACUGAUAGAUUGCAUAUGUAUUUUUUACACAGUUAGAGAUACAUUUAUACAAUUAGAGAUAAAAACGUUUAUCUUUUCAAUACUUCCGGCUAAGCAAGAAACGCAAAAAAAGCUUUCGAUACUCUGAAAGAGCAGUUUGCGAACUCCGUACUGGAAACGCUUCAGUUCCAAUAAAUUGCUCACUCUCGAUUAGAACCGAAGACAAACGCGAUCAUACAAAAUCCUAAUUUGUACCUGUCGAAAGAGAAAAAUCAUAAAGAAAAACAAUUGGACAAAUCCUGAGAUUUUCUAGAUAUACUUUUUGCAUAUUAUCAGAGCAAGAGAGAGACAACAUUCCGGUCAAAAUAAAACAUGGAGAUCCCGUGUGAAGAUAGAAGAGAGAACUCCAUAAAUCUCCCGCAGAAGGAAUGUACUCCGCUCAUUCCUCCCGCAGAGGAAAUGCCGACGGGCGAAGCUUCUGGAACAGCUCCACCAAAAAAUUCCAAGGAGGAUGAGAUCAAAUCAAAUUCCAAAAUGGACGAGGACGAGGCACCAUCGUCAAAAAAGAAAAAGAAAGAGCCGAAGUUCCAGCAGUCAUGGCUGAAGAACCCGCAGCUCACAGAAUGGUUGAAAGAAAACCCGGAUACUGGAAAAAGCAAAUGCACAUACUGCAAAGUAGAGCUGUCUAACGACUUAACCAAUUUAAAACAACAUGCCAAUAGAGAGAAGCACAAAAAACUAGCAAGACAAAAUCUUACCAUCAAUGACAUCCUCCAUGCGGCGAGCUCCAGCAAGUACGAUUCGAAACGAAUUUCGCCGUGCGGAUCUCCGCAAAAAUCCGAUCUACAUAAUUUGAAGAAGGAGACUGAAAAAUAUGACUCAAUAAAAAAAAUAUUAUUUUCGCACUUCCAAAAGGAUCUGCAGCUCGACAUCCAGGAUGGAAAGUUCAGUCUGCUAUUGGAUGUAUCGAACGAUUUACCGAUCACGAAGCUGCUCGGUAUGGGCAUAGUUUAUUACAGCACUCAGCACAAAAAAAUCGUCUCGACUUUUUUCGCUUUGAGGAAACUCGAAGCGCACAAUGCAAAAAGCAUCGUUGGAGCGAUUAAAAAAUCCAUAGAAGAGUCGGACUUGAAAUUGGAGCAGCUGAUGGCCAUCGGCAUCGACAACUCCGAGUCUAUGGCUCCAUUGAAUAAGGAUGUUUACGGCAGACUCAAAUCCAGUCUCAAAUCGGUAUCCAGUUUGAUCUUUAUCAAGUAUACUUGCCGCUCACUGGAGCACGCUCUCUCAAGUGCCAUAAGCGAAAGCCUCCCCCGAUGUUUAGAAUUUUGCAUCUACCAAACGUACAAUUGGUUCUCCAAACCAGGCUUGGGGAUGAAAUAUUCGGAAGAGUACGCAGCUAUCGAUUGCGAUGAGGAACCCUUCAAAAUAUUGGAGUUUUCGAACAUCAAAUGGUUGUCCAACGAAUCUGCCCUCACACAGAUAUUAAACAAUUGGUCUACCCUAGAAAAGCACUUCGAAUCGGCGCGAAAUAACGAGAGAUGCUAUCUAGCAGAACAGUUGUAUAGGGUUUUCAAUGAUGAAAGUAACAAACUAUAUUUCCAUGCUCUCAAACACAUUUUAUCGAAAAUCAAAAAAGUUGAUGAAUCAUUUCGUAGUGAAAAUAACGAUCGCGUCAAAAUUUUUGGUGACCUCAUGACCUUGAGCAAAGAAAUUGCACCAAAACGUACUACACUCCAUGGCGGGGAAGACUCGUCAACACAUUCAGCCGACGAUACGGAAAUCGGGCUGGGUGAUGAAUUCGAACAACAAGCUGACCGCUUUCGGAAAGAUAAAAAGAAUUAUUCCCUAUCCGACAUUCGAAAUAGGUGCCAUAAUUUUCUGGAAAAUUUGUCCAAACGACUCGUGCGGCGGUUGCCUAGAGAUACCCUAAUUUUUAAACAAAUGGAAUUGUUGUCGGUGGACAAUGUUUUGAAAACUGAGGAAAAACUGCUAAAGCCGUUGAUAUCAUAUUGUGGCCACGCUAAAAACAACGCCGCAAUCGAAUCUCAAUUGAAGAAAAUUCAUUUGAAUAAGGAUUAUUGGACGAACAAAACUGACACUGUCGCCUUCUGGCAUGAAGUAAACAUGCACAGAGAUGAUGAAUCCGGCAAAAAUCCGUACCAAGAGCUCGCGGACUUGGCGCUUUCGGUCCUCGUACUGCCACACCCUGACGCCCAGACUGACCGAUUAUUGCAUCGACUCAAUAUCAUGAAAAAAACAUGGCUCGAUGAAGACUCUGUGAAGAUGAUCAAUAUGGAACUAACUAUCGAUUUUGGGUUGGAGAGAAACGGAAAAUGUGUUCACGAUUAUGAUUUACCCAGCGAAAUUUUAGCAGACAUUCACAUGACACAAAAACACCUAAAAGAUUAAAAUAAUUAACCACGUCGAGAAACGGAUACGAAUAAUUAUUGGACUUUGACAACGAGCACGAUCUUCAAAAGUAUUUCUUCAUCGUUAAUUUUUAGUCGUUGUAUCAGAAUAUUGUUUGAAACGUUUAUUUGAUCAAGAGACUCGAUAAAGUCUCUGAUAAAGUACAAUGACAGUUGUGUCGUUUGCUGGCCCGAGGCUCGCCGACACUACUUUCUCUGAAUAAAAUCAUUUGCGGUGGUGGGGCUUAAAUAUAUGCAACAUUUUUAUUUAUGAAAGAUAUUCCCAAAUGAUUAAAAGUUUCAAUCCUGUCUAUUUUUCUCAGCUGUACACGACCGGAUGUUGAUAAAUAAAAACAGUUAUGCAAUACAC